UUCGAGUCCCGUCACGCGACGUGUGUAGAAGUAGCGAAGCGAACUGAACGGUACUUUUUUUCUCGCUCGUUUCGCCGUCUGGUGAACUCGAUCCAGAUUUUCUUCGGUGUUAAAAAUAGGCGUAAAUAUUCGGUCGUUUCUGCACUAUUUGCGGUGUACGUUUUGCGUCCAAAGUACCCGUAAAUGUGAGUUCGAUUUCCAGUGAUCGCGUGUGCAGUGGAGUUUACAGUGGAAGUGUGCUUUCCCAGUGAUAAAAAUGUGUUUUUGUGAACGUCCACCAUCGUUUCUCUUGGCAUGCGAAAGGGGGCUAUAGCUGGCUGGCGAUAAAGUAAUUUCAUCGAAUUUUGCGUCUGUGUGCGUAGGCUGAGGCCGUGUCAGGACGUGUGUCAGUGUUGGUGUGCUCUCGUCGUCGGAUUUGCCUUCGAUUCGAUCGGGUGUAGUUUUGGCAGGCGAGGCAACACAUUUCGGACGGACUGUAAAAAGAAAAACAAAUAAAGCAGCGAAAUACGUCAAGGAUCCAUGCCGAUGUGGUGUCUGAUGGUUAUAGAGAAGUAGAUUUCCAUUCCCUUUUUGUCUGAAAAAGGCUAGAGAUUGAAAUUGGCACAAAUAGCGCACAGUAUUGCAGUGGAUGAAAUUUACGGGAGUUGAUGUCAGCAGCGAAAACUGAUGGUGAGAAAAAGAUGCACAGUAAAAACAGCCUAGCAGGCCGUGAGCAAGAGUGAACAGCAAGAGCUCCUCUAUUGAGCAAGGUUAUCGUCAUCUAAUUUUCAUGAAUGAAUUUUUAUACGUCCCAUUAGUGCUGUUGUGAACGUUGUAAACGAUCGUAGCAAGCUGUUGUUUGUGCAAAAAGAUUCAGCCAACCAAGCUGGCCAGUUAGUAAUAAACGGUUACUGCGAUGGUGUGAAGGAGACGAACUACUGCGAACAUAAUAACCAGCCAGCAAAGGAAGUGAAGUUAAAAUAUUUACAUUUUGUUUACGUCUUAUCUGCGCAUUUGAUAACGCUAACCAAAACAGCUCGGGCGGUGUUUGUUCGUUUCCAUCAACAGCGGUGGCGGUGUGCUUAAAGGAACAGCUAUUUAGCUGGUGCUCGUUUUGAUUCGGAAUCACAGUUUGGCUGCGAGACAUUUCGAAAACUACCGCUUAAAAACUCUUAGUUUCAACGGCGGCCGAAUAAAAUUGAGCACAGACCUGAAGGACAAGAGCAUCUGUGUGUUGUGUUUUUUUUUGGCACGUGCCCCUCUAACAUACUUAAAAGAGUGUUCGUCAAAACUAAAAAAAAACUAUAAAUGCCACAGUGAAGAAAAAACCAGAACCUUCGCAUCUUUCGGUAACUCUGGCAGCAAUCGCGGGCCUAACUUUCGACCGCGCGCAUAGUUUCAUCAUCAUCAUCAUCAUCAUCAUCAUCGUCGCGAAGAAGGGUGCUUAGAAGCGGAGCAGAGUGCCGUGAGCGUAAGAGGAAGCGUUCGGGGAAGGUUGCGAAAAUAAACCCCCCACCGGUCGUCGCCCCUCCGCGGUGAACUGUAUACGUGUGUGAUUAACGAUCGCCGAUGGGGGCUAGACAUAGUCGCCGGCAGCAGCAAAGAAACCAAGUGCAGACCGCGCAGAGUCAAACGCAACAGCAACACCAGCAGCACCAUCAUCCGUCGUCGUCGACGGCGACGUCGUCGUCUGGGUCGUCAGUGUCAGUUGUUAGUUGGCCGCCGAGCAGCAGAGCCGAUGUAGAUGAACCGGACGACGAGGAACAGAGCUCCUCCAACAGUAGUUUGGUUAUAACGAUCUGUAUGUUAAAGAUGGAACCGAGUCAGGAAGCGGCCAUGGGAAACGUUGAAGAUGCACCAACGAUGGCAGUAACGUCGCCUCCUUCGCAACAGAGCAACAGUGCUGAAGGUGGCACAUCAGAGGCAUUAAAGAUAGAGGAAACCGUACCGCCCGCAACGGAACAAGCCAAGUGUGGUUGUUAUGAAAACAGUGAUUGUUCAAUUAAUUUAGCACCCGCUAAAACGGCUAGCAGUGCUCUGUUGUCAUCACAAGCAGUGUAUAACACAAGCAGCAACAGCAGCGGCACCAGCGGUGCCAAUAACAAUAACAAUCAACUAGAACCGGCCGUGUCCAAAUGUGGUUGUAACUGUAAUAACGACCGAAACGAUAGUGUCAACAACAAUAAUAAACCGAUUACAAUUAAUUCACUUCCGACGACGACCGCCACGACAGCGUCCACCGCAACGACAUCGAUGGCGGCGGCGGCGGUCUCCGCAAGCGCUGAAGAAGCGUCGCGCAAUGACCGCACCAACAACAACAACAACAACAACGAGACAGCAUUAAUCGGUGACAUUCUGAGCGGUCACCUCAAUCUGCUGCACCAUCACCAUCACCAUCAUCACCACCAUCAUCAUCAUGUGCCGACGUGGCCGUCGUGCACGACGUCUUCCCUGCUGGCGGUCGCUACGACCGCUCCGGCCAUUAUGACGACCCCUUCCGCUCCCGUGAGCAAUAAUGCCAGCGUAUUGAAUCGUACAAUGCAACAGCAUAAGCAGCAGUUGCGCCAGCAGCAGCAGCAGCUACUGCUGCCGACGGUGCCGGCCGCGACUGUCGCUUCCCAGGGUCCAGUGAGCCCCAGUUUGAUGGUUACGGCCAGUUCCGUUUGUGAGAUGAGUGAUAAGUUAAGUGAUUUGAAGCUACCGGUGAAUGACAACUGCACCAGUGCCAGUGCCGUUGCCAGUGUCAGUGAUGUGCGAAACAAUAGCAUCGACAGCAGUGAAGAGCAUCCCUUCAGCGUUGGCGAAUGUCCUCGGUGUGCGGUUGCAUCGAUGGCACAAGGCUCCAGCAGCAACGGGCUGCAGGAGGAGAAGAUACUGAACACCACACCGGGCAGCGAGAAAGUAUCAACAACAGCCAGCAGCCCCUCGACGGUGGAAACAACAUCGACCGCGCAAUCGGCCUCGGGCUGCUGUCGACCGGUGACGGUCGUCCCGGCGACGGCCACCACGACACCGACGACAACCCCCGGAAUUACGGCAACGCUGCUCAGUUCGUUCACGUCGUCAGCGGGCAAAAAAUCCCGUACCUGUAAAUGUUGCCGCACUUCCGUCUGUACGAACCAAGCGAGCGGCAGUGGCGCAGCAGCGGCAUCCGCCGGUGGCGGGCCUAGCGGUUCCAGCGCUAAACCAACCGGUGCCAAAGCGAAGAAGGGUAACUGGGGCCUAAAAUUCAACUGUGCCAAGCUGCGUGGAACGAAGGCCAAUCAGGCUGCGGCGGUUACGGCGGCGCCGGCGCCCUCAACAACCGAGUCGGUCUAUGAUUGCGUUCCUACUACUUCGACGGUUGCCGUUCAGACUGCUGCUGCCAGCAGUUCCAGCUCGUUUGCCCCUCAAAGUACGGCUUCCCUAAUCGGUGGCGGCUCCAACCGGCUUAGGAGUGAAUCAGAAAAGGUGGAUUCAUGCGUUUGCACCGCGUACCGCAAGGUGGAGGACAUCCUUUCGACCAUUUCUUCCAACAACGGUUACCCGUUGCCGUCGAAUUCACUGCUGCUUCCACAUAUGCUUCACCAUCAUCACCAUCUGGAUGGAGCAGCAGCAGCAGCUACCGCGGCGUCGUCCAGCGGUGUUUCGUCGGCUGCCGGCCGACCGAUGCCCGUUGGUCCACCGACGAAUCACGCAUUCCUAUUUCCAUCGGCGGCGGCGGCUGCCAGUGCCGUAGCAGCGGCAGGACAUCACGAGCUGCACGGGCAUCACCAUCCGGCAACCACGACCACCAUCAUCCAUCGGAUAGAUCGGAAUGCGGCGCAGGCACUGCUCGGUGCCGGUGCCCAACCGACCGGCAACUCGCUGAUCGUUGUCUCCACACCCGGAAUGUUUGAUAUUUCACGGUUGAACAGCGGUGAUGACUUUUCGCUGGAAGAUUGUGACGAACUGGCACGGAUUCAGCGCGAGCUGGAAAUUAGGGAGGGCGUGGAUGCGCCGGCCAAUCUAGUGGCGCCAAGACCCGCUGUGGGAGGCGCUUCCGUGGCCGGUGGCCACCCGCAGAUUGCCUUUGUGUGCGCCCCGGAUUCGUCGUCAGCGCUGAGUCUCCUUCAGCGCGGUCUUCUGCUGCCCAAUAAUUUGCUACACGCCGAAGAGAUGCUUCGAGUUCACUCACAAGUUGAUUUUAUUCACUGCCUGGUGCCGGAUCUGCAAAGGAUUACCAGCUGCUGUUUCUACUGGGGCAAAAUGGACCGGUACGAGGCGGAAAAGUUGCUCGAAGGUAAACCGGAAGGAACGUUCCUGCUGCGCGAUUCCGCGCAGGAAGAUUUCCUGUUUUCCGUUUCGUUCCGAAAGUACUGUCGUUCGCUGCAUGCUCGUAUUGAGCAAUUUAACCAUAAGUUUAGCUUCGACUCGCGUGAUCCGGGAGUUUACACGGCAUCCACCGUCACCGGACUGCUGGAGCACUACAAGGACCCGUCCUGUGUGAUGUUCUUCGAACCGAUGCUGACCUAUCCGUUGAAGCGAAACUUCUGCUUCUCGCUGCAGCAGCUGUGCCGAGCGACCAUCGUCAGCAACACCACCUACGACGGCAUCAACGAGUUGCCUCUGCCGAAAUCGCUCAAGUCCUACCUGAAGGAGUACCAUUACCGGCAGCGGGUGCGCUUCAAGGUCAUGGACGAGCACCUGUACUCGGACGUUCAGCACACGUACGCCAAUACCGUUUGGUAGUAGCAACAGCGGCUUCGGCGCACCCUAACGGUAGAGGACGAGGAAGAACUCGAAGAGGAGGAAGACGAGGAGCUAUACGGGGAGAAUGAGACUGCCCGGUGGCGUCGGCGGCGGCAACGGAACGGGGCCACCAACUAUCUGACCGCUCUGCUCGAAAUGGGUGGAGCCAGCGGUUGGCCCGAUCUGAUUGCAGCCGCCAUCGCUCGGGAAGAACGCGAGGACGAGGAAACGAUGCGCCGCAUUCGGGCGGAGCGGAACCGCCUAAGAAACCUGUUCUGCUGCUUUAGCAGCACCAGUAGCCGCUGAGGCUUUGUCCUAUCGAUGGUAGUGGAUUGUAAAUAGUACGUACACCUAUUUUUUCUCAAUUCAGUUAACUGUAUAAUUAUUUAUCUGGAACGAAAUUUGUUACUGUGCUAAGUUAUUUCCUGUCACACGCGAAAGUGCGUAUUCAAGGGGAACUGCAACACUAGGAGGAGGGCCGUUACCAUUACGUUCAAUCUGACAAUUCAGCAAACAAACAAUCAAGCAAACAAAACCAACGCGGACUACUUUGAUCCGUGCUUGCAUCAAUCAAUAAGAAAUGAAUUUUCUGUGAUAAGCUUUGGUUCCUCUUUUCGUCACUCUCGCAACAAAUUAUGUUUGUAAAAAAAAAAGAAAUAAAAAUCUUGCAGUAAGGUAGUAGGCCGCGUACGAAAAGGCAAAACGGUUGCAGUUCUGCAUUCUGCUUAGAUUGGGUUGUAUAUUAUGUUGUAAAAAGAAAAAACAAAAAAUCAACAAACUGUUAGUUCUAAAGUCACACACAGUCUUUACGUUAACGAAGUAGCGUUUUAGUUUUCAGUUCGAUCGGAAUGCCGAAUUCCAGUACUGCACAUAUAACACAUUAGUUCAUUAAACAGUAGCAGCGCCUAAUAGUGGUAAGAGUAAGAGUAAAAACUUUCCUUCCCAAUAUAACUAACUAUACGAAUGUCGUGUGACUGAACUAGGAAAUGUAGAUCAACAGAGUGUGAAUACGGAAUUAAUGAGAGGGAAUGUAGCUUAAAAGCAGACCGAUUAUGAACCGGUAAUCUAACCGUACAACUGAGGAACUGUGGCGAAUCUCAACGAUCGAAGGCACGAAGUUCCGAUUUUGUUGUUGUAUUUUUUUUGUUGAUUACUUUUAGUUAUGUACACGAACGAUUAAAAAAAAAGAAGAAACAAACACUUAGAAACAAAAUAUACUACCUUAUUAUGUAGGUUAUCGUAGAAUUAAACAAGAAACAAACUCAAAUACACCCAGAAAAACAAACCUCACGGUUUAGUAUCCACAAAACUCUCCAGUUGCCACACAUACCCAAACACACAGACGCGCGUUAAUCAAUGUUAAUCAGUGUUGAAACAGUGUUACGUUCACAUGAUGAUGACGUAGAUGAAGUGUUACAAAACAACUCCCAAUUAUUACCGAAAAUCCCAGUAUUGAUGAAAGCUUUCCUCGUUUGAAAACUGAAACUCGAAACAUUGCGAACAAAACCGAAAUUGUACAAUUCAACUACUUAGGUAAGAAGAAACUACUAGACGCCUAAACAAUAUUGAACCCCCCCCCCCCCCCCACCCGUUAAACAAUAGAGAACUCAUAUCCCAGAGCAACCCGUGCAGUGUAAACAACUUAUAAAUAACCCGACACUACCCGACAUAUAAAUCUGCUAAUCACCGGAAAAACACCGGAAACGACAACAGUUGCGUUCCCAGUGGAGAAUAACCGAUAACCCAUAGAGUGUAAUGAAUGAUGUUAAUAAGCAAAACACAUACACAGACACAGACACAGUAAAAGUAAAGUGAGAAAUAAA